UGAACGAUGAAUGGCAAUUGAAAAGAAAAAAAAAAGUAAUCAACAACAUCUAUCUCAUCGCCGUCAUGUCGCCUUGUGCCCAUGCAGAGCAGCAAGAGCCUGACGCUCCGCCUCUCCACAACGACCACCAUCGCCACCAAACUUACGUGGAGCUGUACCACCACGGCCUUCACCACGUGAAGUCGUCGGCGCUGCUGUGCGCGGUUGGACUAGGCAUCCCCGGCGCCAUCCACCGCCGCGGCGGCGCAGCAACGGUCUCCGACCUCGUCAGCGGCACGGGUGUCCACCCGGCCAAGCGCGCGCAGCUCCGUCGGCUCAUGCGCAUGCUUGCCUGCUUCGGCAUCUUUGGUGCCGCCGGCGGCGACGAGGGUGAGAGCGAGACCGUCUACACGCUGACCCCCGUGUCCAGCGUCCUCGUCGGUGACAAGGACAAGGAGGCAUCAGCGACCUCGUCAGCGUCCUCGCCUGACAUGUCGGCACUGCUCCGGCUCCUGGCGCGCCCGAGCACGUCCGUGUCCACCUUCUUCGACAUGGAGGAGUGGUUCAGAGACGGCGGGACCACGACGCUCUUCGAGACGGCACUCGGCGUGCCCCCAUGGAGCUUGACGAAGAGCGACGCCGCGUACAACAGAGCCAUGAACGAAGCCUGCGUCGCGGACACCAGCCUGUCCAUGGACAUCAUGCUGAAAGACACCAGCGGAGGCGCCAGCAGUGUCUUCGGCGGCGGCCGGCUCACCUCGCUGGUCGAUGUUGGAGGGGGCCAUGGCGCCGCCGCUAUUGCCAUCGCUAACGCCUUUCCGCACAUCAAAUGCACUGUGCUAGACCUCAAACAAGUGAUCGACAACAAGGUGCCACCAGCGGCCGCCGCCGGUACUGAUCGUAUCAUCAAUAGCACGGUGCAGUUCGUCGCCGGUGACAUGUUUGAGUCUAUUCCACCUGCAGACGCUGUUCUCCUAAGGCAUGUUUUGGACUGCUGGGAUGACGAACACUGUGUGAAGAUACUGGGACAGUGCAAGCGAGCAAUUCCCGGCAGAGAAGCUGGAGGCAAGGUGAUCAUCAUAAACGUGGUGGUCGGCUAUGGAUCACCGGACAAGCUUGUGAAGGAGACGCAGGUGCUGUUUGAUAUGUACAUGAUGCGGUACGAUGGGUCCGAGCGGGAGGAGCACGAAUGGAGAGAAAUAUUUUCGAGAGCUGGGUUCAGUGACUACAAGAUCACGCCCACGAUAGGUUUCCAUUCUAUCAUUGAGGUUUUCCCAUGAUGAAGGUUGUUACCAUGCAUUAUUCUAUCGUUAUAUAAGGUUUUCCCAUGCAUGAAACCCAAGUGGUUACUGUUGUUCAUAAGCAACCAGGGCAAGCAAGGCUUUAAUUUAUUGUGUACUUGUACCACCAGCAGAAAUGGAAAAACUGAAAACCCCUGAACGAACUGAGAAUCUCGGCGUUGCUAA